CUGGUCCCGGGAGGAGUCGACACCUUGGUGGCCGCCGGUCACGAGGUGCUCGUCGAGUCGGGGGCCGGCAGUGGCAGUUUGAUCUCCGACGAGGAAUUUGCCGCCGCGGGCGCGCGAAUCGUCGAAACCCGCGAAGAGGUUUUCGGCACCUGCGAUCUGUUGAUCAAGGUGAAGGAAGUCCAGCCCGAGGAAGUGGAACUCCUUCGAGAAGGCCAGAUUCUCUACACCUAUCUCCACCUGGCGCCGCUCCCCGAGCUGACCGAGGGGCUUCUUUCCCGGGGAGUCACCGCGGUCGCCUACGAGACCAUCACGGCCCCCGACGGAACCUUGCCGCUCCUGACUCCGAUGAGCGAGGUUGCGGGCCGCAUGGCGAUUCAGGAAGGAGCCCACCAUCUGCACCGGUCCUGCGGCGGCUCGGGGAUUCUCCUCGGUGGGGUUCCGGGAGUGCCCCGCGGCCGGACCGUCAUCGUCGGCGGUGGAGUUGUGGGGCUGAACGCGGCGAAACUCGCGGUCGGGAUCGGCGCUGAGGUCACCGUUUUGGAAAAGAGCGCCGGCCGCAUGCGCUAUCUGGACGACAUUUUCGGAAGCCGGGUGACGACUCUCAAAUCAAGCGCCGUCACCCUCGCCGCGUCGAUCGCCGAGGCAGAUCUGGUCGUCGGGGCGGUCCUCGUUCCCGGCGCCGCCGCUCCCCGUGUCGUCACCCGCGAAAUGGUCGCCGGAAUGCGCGAAGGGGGGGUGAUCGUGGACGUCGCCGUGGAUCAGGGCGGUUGCUGCGAGACCACCCGCCCUACGACACAUUCGAAACCCACCUAUGUGGUGGAUGGAGUGGUCCACUACUGCGUCGCCAACAUGCCGGGCGCGAUGCCCCGCACCUCCACCUACGCGCUCACCAACGUAACCCUCGAGUAUGCCGUCACGAUCGCCAACUACGGCUUCGAGGAGGCCGUUCGCCGGGACAGUUGCCUUCGCCCUGGCGUGAACACGUACGCCGGCCGCCUCACCUGCCGCCCGGUCGCGGAGUCGCAGGGUCGGGACUACCAGCCACUCGAAGAACUGAUCGCCUGA